UCAGCCCAUCACCACAGCCUUCAUCACAAAGCUGCUGCAGUUCGAGAGGAUGCGGGCUGGAAUUGAAAGCGGAUGAGUGACUUUAGGAACACGGCUAUAUCGCGGUAGGGUACUUGGGAAGAGUUUGGAAGGGGAGUCCAAACACGUACACGUCUGUGUGGGUGCUGAACGACACAAAGGCUACGCACGUGAAGCCUCCAAAACCGGACUGGGACUGGCGAAAACUGGAACCUUUUUCUCAACUUUGAAACUUUUUUAGAUCUUAAAAUGAUUGGCUUGUUAUGGCCAUCCUGGCGCCUCAUUGACGUCAAGUCCUCAACUGUGACAUGAUAUGAAAGCAUUGAGGAGUAGCCUUGUUUCGACGCAGCGCGAUGGAACUACAGAAGCCCAUAUGAAGUCGAACUUUUUUAAGAUCCAUUCUUCCUGGAAAUGGCAAGUCGUGCCAUAUUGAUGGAGCGGACAGCGGUUUUGAUAUGUAGUGUAUUGAUCCUAAUCGUCGGUGUAUGUGUCGGAUCUCCUAACCACAGCCGUCAGCUGGUCUGCUGGAAAGCCAUCCUGAAGUGCCACGGAGAGCCGGAGUGCCAUUACGCGUAUGAUCAGUACCUUUAUGCCUGCGCCUCUGUCAUCAGUGGGGGCCGUAAGAAGUGCCCCAGCCACUGCAUAUCCUCUCUCAUUCAGCUCAAUCUGACCCGAAGCGGCCCGGCUUUGGAGGACUGCGACUGCGCCCUCGACCCGGUUUGCAGAAGCACCAAACAAGCCAUCGAGCCGUGCCUGCCGCGGACCAGCACCGUGGGCUGCACCGAGGCCCGGCGCCAGUGCGAGAUGGACCAGUCGUGUAGCUCUGCCAUGAGGGAUUAUUUAUAUCACUGCCGAAAACUUUUCGGAGGGGAAAGGUGCUCUGACGGGUGCCGCAGAGUGAUCGCCAACAUGCGCUCCAUACCGAAAGCGCAACAGCUAGACACUUGUGUGUGUGACGGCACGGAGAGGAACAUAUGCGAGUAUAUAAAAGUCAGCAUGAAAACGUUCUGCUCUGAUUCUAGUGAUAGGUUCGCGGGAAGCGGCUUUUCAGACGCUGAGGACGACUCUGAAGACGAUUACAUCGACCAGGAGGAUUAUCAAUAUGUGGAAAACUCAAGUGGCUCCCCACUUUGUCAGACUGUCCUAAAUGUCCUGACCACCAUUUUGGUUUUGACCAAAUUUAUCUAAAAAAGCUGCUGCCAUUGAGGGCAGCCAGAAAGUCAGUGGUUUUGCUCUUUGUGAAUCAACAAAAUCAAGAAUCUGUCUGCAAAAAUGGCCGUUUUGGUGUCGUUAAACUAACAUUUGGGACUUUUAAAUUCAACUCUAAACGUUCUGCUACACAUCUGCACAUGUUCACACACACAUGCUGUUUGUAAAUCACUCAAUAGCAUAGCAUGUUAUAUUUCAGUUACAAAAUGUUAGUCAUCUGAUAAUGCUGAAUGGAGCCUAUUUUUUGUAUGUCAGCUUUUUAAAGAUAGAUUGUACAGUAUAUUGUAUAAAAAAAAUAUUUUUGUCCAAAUAUUUGUUUAUAAGUGACAAGAGAUUUGCACUGUAAUAAUAGGUGAGUCCCACUCUUUCACCGCGUUAUGACCACAGAGGGAAAUGUUUAGUCUAAGGGUGCCUUAAAGUCUUAAAAACUGGGUUUAUUCACCAUGAUGUGACCAUAUCAGAGACGUGCUGUUAUAGCAGAGCAAUUUUCUUCACCAGCUUGUACAGAGACUUUCUCCACAACCCCUUCAUUAAAAACCAAAGUUGAUGUAAUCCACUAAAAUGUGUCUAAGAUCCCAGGGCAGAUAAUGCCUCUGAAACAAGAAGCUUGUACGACUGAUACACUUGACCUUGUAAACAUGGAUGUUUGUGUAAAGUAUAAAGUGUUAAGCUUUGAAAACUGUUCAAACAGACAAGGUAAACUCCUCCUCUUGGGGAUUUGCAGCACAAAUGGAGCCAAGGAGCUGUUCGGUCAGUUUGUUUAUCCUCACCCUGUGCAUUUGUCAGAAGUCUUUACAAAGACACACUGAGAGAAAAAAAAGAUGUCAGUGUUCGGGUGAGUGGAGAUAUUAGGUGCCCAUUAAGAACACACUCCUCUGUAUGUACAUGCACAUUAAAUAAAGAAAAGUUUUAAAACGA